GGCUCGAGUACACAAUGGCUUUUAUUUCUUCGCAACUGUGGUCUUAUCGUGAGUCCUCAACAAUUCACCAUCGAUUGCGGUGAUGCUGAAACCGGCACUUCCCAAAAUGGUUUCCCUGGGUGCAAUAUCCAAUAUCGUUUAUUUCAUGUAUCCCAAGCAUGGGGUAGACAACUGAAUCAAAAAAUUAAACCUGGAUCUACCGCGGGAGACAACCGCGUCACCAGAGGAGAGAUCAUGACAGCUCUAAAAUCGAUCAUUUACGAAGAAAACAUAGACGCGUUCCAUAGGAAGAUCGAAACAUUCUUGCAUACGUACUCUGAG